GGGGCAGGAGUCAUUUAUCCCCCUGCCCGGGGUGGCUCCCAGCAGCUGUAGCUGGGGCAGCUAUGGGGAGCCAGUGCUUGGGGGCCCUUUUCCAUCUCCUCUGGCUGAGUCUGGGGGCUGCCAUGCUGCCUCCUCUGGAUUUCCCCGUGAGGCUGUACUCCGAAUCCUCCCGCCUCUCCACUGUCCUGCGAGUGCGUCCCGCGUUCUGCCUCUACGAGCGCUGGCGGCAGGCGACCGUGGACCCCAGCCGGGCGCCCCGGGCAUCGGCCACGAUCCAGGUGCACGUACAGCCCUCAGGGGACAAUGCCACCUACAAGGUGCCCCAGGGCUUCCCGGUGCCCCCCUGCAGCCCCCUGUUUGAGGAGCCCCCCCUCCCACGGGAAUUUGCCUAUGAUGUGGGGCCAGGCCUGGCCUGCUUGAAUGACACCUGCACCCGGGACCUGCUCCCUGGCCGGAGCUACAGGGUGCGGUUUGCUCUGUACGGCCGAGCCGUGACCCCGGUGACGGUGACGAACUGGUCCCGACCCUUGGAGACGAGAGGUCUCCCCCGCAGCUUCCGCGCCAUGGAGCCUGGCCCCGGCGGGCGCUCGGGGGGCAUGGUGGUCGUCACCGUGCUGCUGAGCGUCUCCGUCCUGCUGCUGCUGGCUGCCAUGGGGCUGGCCGUGGUCCUGGGGCGCCGCUGACCCCUGCUGGCCGGAGAGACGCCACCUCCUGCUUGGGGGGACGACCCCCCUCGGGUAUUGCAGGGACGCCCUGUCACUGCGUCAUUAAACGCUCGGCUUUCCACC